CGGCCCCAGGAGAGUGGGGGGAAUUCCGAGCUGUCCCUGAACUGCUCAGCAGUAGUUGACUGGAAGGGAUGGAGCUGCGACGCUGGUGUUGUUUUCUCCGCCACAUAUUCAUGUGAACUGUCGACCCACACAGCCGCAACGACGUGAGCUGCUCGGAUCCUUCUGAACGGGAAAACCACCCUGAAUGGACUACCACAGCAUCGACACAACACAAGCCCACCUUCUUCUUCUUUAUUAUUGUUAUUAUUUCAUUGAGGAAAAAAGAAAAACAACAGCUGUCUGCAGGAAAAGCGCGUGGGGAUGUUUCGCGCGGGUAUAGUGAGAGAAACGCGCGCGCUUAAUGACAAGUAUUUAGACAAGUAGCUAAUUAACUAGUAAUUACAUAAGUGGUAUUUAAACCACCAGUGUGGUUGGCGUGUCUGCUCGGAGGCUAAAUUUAGAACAACGCGCUGCCAGCAGAGGAUACGGUAGUAUUUAUUCAGUAGGACUUUUUCAUUUUUCAUCAGCGCACCUUGGAUUCCAGCCUCUAUCACAAAGCAAGUGUGGAGCCGAGGACGACGUCAAAACAAUUCAAGACAGACCUCAAUCAGAGAGAGAGAUGACCCUAGUUUUGUCCAUGAACCCUUUCCUGGACCCAGAAGGAGACCCUCCGCUCUCCACAUACCAGCCCAUAUGGGAGUCGGAGCGUUGCACGAAGACCUGCCUGUCGAACCCCGCCCCGCCAUGCAGCUCUGAAGAGCAGUUUACACAAGAACCCCCCUGCAGGCGAGUUCCUGAUCAUGUUUCAGUUUCAAGGAUUGCAUACUUCAAGAGGAAGUUUGUUGAUGAUGAUGAUGAGCCUCCAUUCAGCUUCAGGACGUACUGCCAGACUGUUGCACCAGUCUUGGAGGAGCGUGCCCAUGUGCUGCGCCUCUCCCUGGAGAAGAUGCGCUUCAUUGAUGACCCUGAGGCCUUCCUCCGACGCUCUGUCCUCGUGAACAACCUCCUUCGGCGCCUGCGAGCUGAGAUUCUGCUCCAGAGCACCGACUGGUGCUUCCCCCCCAACCCAGCAUUUACCACCGGCCCCUGCGUCCCCGCACCCAGCACUAACCCCGCCCACCAGGCACUCCACGGAGCAGUUCCCACCAGGAUCUGCUUAGCACCCCAAGCCGGACCGCCCUUCCGCAAGCGAUUUCGAAUGGUACGUGGCGGACAGGGAGAACUCCGGGGCCCUGACUGUGCUCAGACAUGCUGCUGCAUCUAUGCGGCGGCGGCCGCUGCAGGACACUACCUCCACCUCCCGUUCUCCAUGUACGAUGCAGCACUCUCAACCUGCCCGUCUACACCACACUCCUCCUCGUUUUUUCAGCUAGCUAGCCAUAGCAAGUUAGGGCUGUCAGUGGCCGUGGAAGAACAUGAUGAUGAGGAUGAAGAUGUUGAGGAGGAGGAGGAAAAUGAAGAGGAAGAAGACAGGGAAGAGGAGGAGGAGGAAGAAGAGGAUGAUAGAAGAGAAGCUGGGCCUUCCAUUAAGGACAAGUCAAGCCAGAAAAGUAGGACUAGGACCUUGCUGGGUCACGCACACACAAGGACAGAGGAGGACAGCUGCAUGACAGAUAGAGUAGAAGAGGAGGAGGAGGGAGAGCAGGAGGAGGAAGAGGAGGAGGAGGAGGAAGAGGGGCAGGUUGUGAGACCUUGUCAGUGGGACUCUGCUGCAACUGAAAGGAUCCACAAGGUCAGCUUUUGGCACCGCAGGGCUCAUAGACAAUGAUUGUGCUUUCUGAGAAAUUAAAUUCUAAGUUUGUUAGAAUGAAAAUGUAAUGAUGACGACAACUGUCAUCAGUUGAAGAUUAUUUCUCCUCAUAGCAGUGUGAACUACAUACAGUACACUAUAGUAAUGCCAAGUCAGCUUUAUUUUAAUGGUCAUAUAUACUCCGGAAUCGCACAAAGACAAACUCCAUACAACUCUACAGCUAGUGUCAAGGUCUAAUGAAAAAAAUACACAGUUCAAGUCAGUUCUUGGCCACUGUUGGCACUGCAACAUUUUCUCAACAAUUAUGUAGGCUAAGGUCACAUGCGGUGGGAUCAUAAAUCCCAAAUGUGAAGUGAAGGGUCUCCAAGACCAUUUUCAAGCCCCACAGCACAAAAGUAAAAGGUCUCAAGUGGGGCUUUAUAUUGGUGCACCGGUCUCGUUUCAGGACCCUAAACAAGCCUAUGAAAGGAAGGGUUGUGCAUUUGGGAGUGUGUGCUUCUGUGCGUGUAUGUGCGUGUGUUUGCAAGAUAUGAUGUAGCAUUUUAAAAACUUGAUUUUAAAAACAUGGGUUACGCAUAAUUAUGUGUUGAUUUUGACGCUGUCUCAGGCAAUGGCGAGCGACUGUGCUGCAGUGUGCGGCACCACGUGUGUUCUUCAAAUUAUUUUAAGAGACAACAAUCAUAAACAUUGGAAAUGUUAAAUCACAAGUUCAAGUGCCUUAGUGUUUUUAUAGAUACAUGUAUAUUGUGUGUUAAUGUAAUUGUUCUUGUUUCUAAGUAUCUUGCAUUCCAAGUGACUGCGUUUGACUAAAACAGGACGCAGGCAUGUAGUUAAAUGCAGGGACUUUUUUCAAAUAUCUAUGAAAGUUCAAAACAAACUCAAUUUCACACCCCAAAAUGUGUUCUGUUUGUUUUACUUCAAACUGCAUGUUUUCUAGCACUACCUGUCUUGACAAUGCACAAACUUAAAGCCAACUUUCAAGAACAGUUGCUAAAGUUUUGGAAAGCUAAUUGUGUUCAGAACAUCCUCUACAUUAGUUAGAUUCAUCAGAAAAGGCUUGUUAUGGUUUGGUUGGUCUGUCCAUUGAUGAGGUUUUACCAAGAAGAGAGUUGAAGUCUGUCUGCACUGUUAGAAAAUCAAAUUACAGAUUUAUAAGUGUAGCAAAAAUAACAAGGCAGGUUAAACUUAUCAAUCAGCUCUAUUUGGAAGUGAAAGGAAUAGUUCACCAGAACAUCAGUAUGGAAGUUGACACCUCCAAAGCUCACUAAUUAUCACAUAUCUCUCUGGUUGUACUGUUGUGUUAGGUGUCUCUACUUAACAAACAGGUAGUUUGUGUACCCGGCCAAGGAACAGUCCAGCACAUAAUCCUCUGUAACAUCAAAAUGUGUCAUUUUUACACUUUUGGUGUUGUACGGAUUAAAAUAACAUGAUGAAAUGUGUUUAUCAGUGAGCUUUGGAUGGAGUUUCUACUUGUUUUCAGCCUUUAUGCCAAGCUAAGCAAACCAGGUAGCUUUAUAUUUACUUUACAGGCAUGAGAGUUAUUUUGAUCUA